GCUCAGCGGAAGUACUGUCUAUGCGCGUGGUGCUGAAAGUGCCACCUGCAGCAAUGUGGUCGGUAUUUUUUGUCUUUCUGUCUUAUCUAGACAAAAAUUUUGUGAAGGGAGAAUUCCCCAAUUAUUCUCUAGAUGCGGAUAAAGAGAGUAAAGAUGUCCUUUUCAUGCUUAACAGCACUUUUUGUGCCAAAGUUUCAGGCAUGGAGGGAAAUGUCCUUCACCAAGUGUCAAACGGAGCAGAGGAGGUGCGCUCCGUGUAUAACCAAGCGCAUAAACUGGUCGACUGCUCAGUAACCACCAACCAGAUGCAGGUGAAGGCAUUCAUGCAUGUGUGCAGAUUGGGACUGGAGGACCAGAGAACUAACCCAGAAUAUAGGGAGUUGAGUUUUGUGGACAUGACAGAAGCCAAAGUCAACUGUCAAUCGUUCCAGAGGACCUCAAAGCGCGCUGCGGUUGAGAGCGCAGUUGUGCCAACAGCACAGACUAGAGAAAAGACAGAAAAUCAUGUCCACAAAAAAGACGAGCAGGUGCUACAGAGAUCCAAGCGAGGCUUCACUUAUCCCGGAACCCUGUGGUGUGGAGCUGGCAACAUGGCUGAUAAUUACGACGACUUGGGGGAGUUCGCGGCGACAGACAGUUGUUGCCGCGUUCAUGACCACUGCCCGUACGUUAUCCAUGCAUUUUCCUCAAAUUACGGCUACACCAAUUUCAAGUGGCAUCCACUUUCUCACUGUGACUGCGAUAAUGCGUUGAAGGAUUGUCUGAGGAAAGUCAAUGACACCUCCUCAAGGGUGGUUGGCCAGGCUUUCUUUAAUGUCCUAGAGGUGCCUUGUUUUGAGUUCAAAUAUGAAGAGCAGUGUGUUGAGCGGCACUGGUAUGGCGCGUGUAAAAGGUAUGACAUGCUCCCAUUUGCGGUGCCCACUGAGUCCAUCCCGUAUGAUUUUGGAGGCAUUGAUGUUAUUGAUGUUCUGACUCUGGCUCCCCUGGUCCAAAAAAAGAAGAAGACAGGCAUAGAGCAGGACCAGACUGAAGGCCCAACACAGUCCACUGUGUCUGGCUCUCCAACCUCUGGUCCAGAGGAACCCUCCCUCAGGAAUGUGUUCACUGCCGCUGAGGACUUCAUCAAAGUUCUGGCUACAGUAUCCACCUCUCAAGGCACGGCAACAGACACUACCAAAGGAGAGACACAGACCUCGGAGAAGAAAAAAAGGAAGAAUCCUGCAGGCGCCAAGAGAAAAACGAAGAAAAGAAAAGGGAAAGGAAAAGGGAGAAAGAAAAAGCAGAAAAUAUUCUCAAAAGGAGCAGAGGAAGGGAUUACAGUUACAGUUACUCCUACAAAAGCAGAGGAAGUUGUCAAUAAAAGUAACUUUGUGAAUGAGCCUGAGAAAGUAGAACAGUUGAACGGAAAUGUUAAAAGUUUCACUGAUGGUGAAAAAGAUCUGGGAGGGAAAGACAAGUUUAUUAAUGAUGUCAUGAGAGAUGAACCUCGUGUGGAUGAUCAAAGUUCUGCAGAUGCCUCCGUGAACUCUGUCGCUGCUGUCAAAAAGGAGCAGAAUAUUCUUGAGAACCUGGCUUUGAUGGAUCACACAGAAGCAGCAUCUCCCUCCACAGCUACUGCCUCACCCAUUGUGACUACACAGAAAGCCAAAAGGCAGAGGUCAAGGAAGGGGGAGGGGAGGAAAACACAAAGCAACAUAACUCUGACUGCCCCCACAAACAGGGCUGCACACCGUAAUGCCAUUAAAGGGGACCUCCCAGCAAUGACAACAGAGAACUCUGGCACCCAGACCAUGCCCGCCAGCGCUGCCGUAAUCUCUGCUGAACAGCCUGAGAAACAAAGGUUAGAAAGACAGAGUGAAAAGGGACCAGUUACGGCUAUGGCUUCUCCCAUCAGCUCCAUUGUGACUGCCAUCAAAACCCAGAGGUCAAAGAAGAGCGAGGAAAGGAAUAAAAGAAGGAAAAUCACUUCCUUUCUUCCUGUGAUGGGUGUUAUUUUCCAAAACACAACUGAAGUGAAUAUUAAAGUGAUCCCAACAGAGAGAACUAGCACUCCAGCCGUCAACUCAAAUAUUGCUGUUGUUAAUAUUACUGUUUCUGCAGGUCAGUCGGUCUCACACAGACCAGAAAGUUACAUUGAUAAGGGUCCAACUGUAAACUUGAGCGCCGUCAAAUCUAAAAGGCAUAGGCCGAACGAGAGUGAGGGCAGAAAGAUUAGAAGGAAGAAAAUUGCACCAACUCUUUCAUUUGAGGGCUCAUCUCUGCAGAAUAACAUACAAAAAGCCCUUGAAACACUCAACACUGACAUCUCUGGCGUACCGAACAUCCCCACAACCACCAGUGUAGUCACGGCAGAGCUGACUGAGAGGCUAGCACCACAAAGCACCGAGAACCAACGUGGAAAGGGACGUCUCACCUUUACAGCCAGCCGGUACCAUCCCAGGGAGGCUGGGAGAACACUGGGCUCAAAAGAGAGAGAAGGGAGAAAGAAUAGAAAGGAGAUGUCCAUGCCCACUGUUGUCACUGAAAAGGCGCCUGUCCAUAACGACACUGCAACUGAACUGGAGGACAUGACGACUACAUAUCUGACAGCCUCAGCGUCAACUAUCUUAUCCGGAGUCGAUCAAGUAAGAGAGUUCAGUCCACAGAGAUCUGAGAACCAAGGAGAACAAGCCUUCUUUCAUGUGCCGGCCGGCACUCCUACAAUGGAUCCAACACAAUUCACCAUCCAGGAAACAAAGAGACUAGGCAGAAAGAAAAGGAGAAAACCACCACACACAGACUCAUACUGAUAACGUGGCUAGUAUAGAAUGAAGGAGUGCAAUGAUGUCCUAGAUGACUAGCUUAGCUCUUGACUAUUGGAAAAACCUGCUAUUCAGACUCAAAUGUAGUUGAUAGUCAUUGAUUUGUUUAAAUUUCGCAAAAUCAACAUUUGUUCUGUUUUUGUUUGCAUUAAUUGAAUGAAGGAUCGGGAUAAUGUUUUGACAUUUUGUAUGCAUAUUAAA